AUAAACAAAAUAAAGCCCUUUAUCUUCGGCUUAAUUUUAUUACGGAACUUAAUCUAACUUAAGCAGGGUAAGUCGCCGUAACGUAAACAGACAUGGUGACGCCGCGCGUGAUCCAUGAAAUCGGACGAACCGAAAACUAUUGGAUUAAGAGAAAAAGUGAAGCCUCGGCGGGAAUUAUCCUAUCUUUAAAUCUGUUAUCAGUUAGCAGCGAUGGCAGCGAUGGAGUUUUCUGCAAUUGUAAAUUUGUUCCGCAUCUACGCAAAAUCACAAAACUAAAAGCGCUCCGGCAUUUCGGAGGAACUGUUUCUAAAAUUUCGCUUCGUAACCGAGAGAAAAUGAUUGUCUACGUCCGUGUGAAUUCAUCGCCUUUAUGUUCAAUUACAGAAUAUAAGAAUUAACGUCUAACACUUAACCUCUGAGUCAGGAAGAUGAAAUGUCUUUUACGUCGUUUAAGGCGAGUACCGAAGUUUUACUGUUUAUUUUGCAGGGAAUUUCUUGUAAUCUUGAAAAAUGUGAUUUGAAAUAUUAACUUGACAUUUUACAGAGCGUCUUGUUAGUUCACAGUGGCCAAUGUAACAUUUUGUAAUGAAAGGUAUGCUUUGUAAUACCUGUAGCAUCUGUCAGUAUUCUCAAGACUGUCACAUUGUGUACAAAAGACGGGAAAUGUUGAUUUAAUUAAAUACAUACGCCACAACAUGGUGCGUACUUUCAACUUCUCAGUGACAUGUAGGCUGUGUGCCAAAACGUACAGAGAGGAAAAGUUGAUAAAGAUAUUUAGCACUAGAGGAACCUCGCUUAAUCUUAAAGCAAGCAUCAAUGGUCAUCUUCCUAUAAAGGUUACCGAGAAGGACAACCUGCCUUUAAACAUUUGCAUCAUGUGCCUACGUAGAGUUAAUGCUACCAAUGAGUUCUUUGAUAUUGUAGUCACAUCGGAUAGAAUACUCAAUAAGUUUCUAAAAAAGAGGGAGGAUCAUAAGACUGUACCAUUAAUGAAAACCAGCAAUGUUGCUGCGAGAAAUAAUAAAAAGCAUUUAAAGAAUAAUGCUGAUUGUGAUACUCAUAAAAGUUCCAUAGAAAUAUUAAAUAAUGGUGAAAGUGAAGAGAUGAUUACACAAGAAUGCUAUGGGAACGGUGAUUCCGAGCAUGUUGAAAAUGUCAUUAAACUACCGGAUUGUAGCUCUAAGUUACAGAGCAAUUUUCAUGAGGAAACUGAGCAGAGGACUGGAUCUCCCUUAUUUAUAAAUGGCCAGAAAAGGAAAAUUAAUGACUAUUUUAAUCGUAAUGAACAAUUACAAGAAAGUAAGCUUUUGCAGCUUAUGACUAAAGAAGCCAUAUCAGCUGAAACAAAUGACAAAAAUGAAGCAGACGUAGCCACAAGUGAAUGUAGUACUUUAAAACCUUCCAAUGAUUGCAAUAUAUCAGAACAUAAAAAUAGUUCUUCAAUUUUAUAUGAACAUUCAGAGAUUAAAGAUGAACUGCAUGAAAAGAAUAUCGAGUGCAAUCCACAAAAUAAAGGCAUAAGUGCAGUUGAAUGUAGGAGUAAUUGUCCUGUUAUAGAAUCGUCAAGUUGUAAUAAUUUAAAUAGCAUUCUUUGUAAUACCUCGGUAGGUCAAACAUUUGGAGUACAGUUACUGACUAACGGGAGUUCAAACAGAAGUAACUACAUAGUUCCUUGGAAAACAAGUAUUUUGAGCAAUGACUCCAGUGAUUCGUCUCUCCAAGAGAAUAGCAAUGUUGUUUUGUGUGUUGCAAAUAGCACUGCCUGUAAGAGUGCAUCGAAAAUCCCUAUAGAAGUUUUAAGGUGUUCUGAUUGCGAAGAAAGUGUUAAAAUCUUCUCAGCAGAGGAUAGAGUAUUGUUCUUUUCUUAUCUGAAACAACAUACAUGUAGUAAAGCAACAGGCAGCAAUAGGUCUUCUGAAUCUAAGAAUGAAACUAUCGAAACAUUUGCUGAAUAUAAAAUGAGGCACAUGAUGAAACCUCAAAAGAAAGAGUGUCGGAAUGAAAGGUUUCCAUUGCGACAUUCACCAAGAUCCUGGCCUGGAGGAGAUCUUCCAGCGGAUCCUGGACCAGAUCCAGUCUCUCAAGAAGAUAUAUUUGAAGACAAUGUCAGAUUAGAUGAUGAUUUUCAUUGGCCUAUGCCUAAAAGAAAUCGACAUUUGCACAGGUGCAAUUCUUGUGAAUUCAUCACAAUGAGUGUCCUUCGGUUAAAAUCACAUCAGAAGCUACAUAGAUUGGAAAGAAAGCAAGGGUUUUUUCAUACAAAGUGUGGACAAUGUCACAAAUCAUUUGAGACAAGUUCCGAAGUAAGGAAACACGAAAGGACUGCACAUGUAUUGCUUGGGGCAAAAAACUGUUUGUGUGAAUAUUGUGGCUUAAUGAAGCCUCAGAAAUCGUUAAGGGAACAUAUUUUAAAACAGCAUACCACUGAAUCAAUGGUAGACAUGCAUGAGUGCAAGAUCUGUGGGAAAUUAUUUAUUUCACCGAACAGUCUUUACUUGCACAAAAAGAUACAUGCAAUAGAGAGGCCUCAUCUUUGCGAUCUGUGUGGAAAAGCUUUCAAGCAACGCAUUGCUAUGCGUCGUCACUACAUGCUGCAUUUUCCACGUGCACCUCCUAAAUUCACGUGCAGCAUCUGUGAAAAGAGAGUUACUACCAGAGGUUCCCUACGUCUGCACAUGAUGAGACACACUGGAGAAAAACCACAAAAAUGUCCAGAGUGUCACAUGGUCAUGAGACAUGGCCUAAAGCAUCACAUGCGAUUACACUCUGACGAGGCUCCAUUUAAAUGCGUGGUAUGUGGAGGCGAUUUUAAACGUCGAGAUUAUAUUCGCAGACACAUGAGAAAACAUCUAAAUGAUAAUCAGCAUCGAACAUUCCUGUGUGCGACCUGUCGAUACACCUUCGAUGACAUCAAAAGCUUUCUAUUACAUCAUCGAGAUGUUCAUCACACAGAGAUUUUCACCCAAAUCAAGACGUACGAAUGUAAGAUUUGUAUGAUACAAUUUACCAAUUCACUGCAAUACAUGGAACAUGAGAGCGUUUGCAUCGAUCUGCAAAAAGAACCUUCAAAUAAAUUGUAUACCAAUUUAGAUCAGGAAAAGACGAAUAAUUUUCAUAAAACUAAUAUAAUAAGACACGUAGAAAAGUCCUGUGAAACGGUUGUCAUUAACGACAAUGUAAGUGAUGUCCAUAGUACUCAAGAGAUAUCUGGGAAUUAUAAUUCUCGUUCAUGCUCCGAUGAUUUGUGCAAUAUCAUUAAUCCUUCGAACGAUGGUUGUACUGCGUAUGUGGAGUCUUGUAGUACCCUAGGCCAUGCGAUUAGCAGGAAUUCAAAUCUUAAUAGAUCUCAAAUAAGUUGCAAUGUACCAGAUUGUACAAGCAUAGCAUAUACUAGCGCAGCGCGUGAUAAUUGUUCCGAUAAGAUAAUCGAUCCACAGAAGCCUGUAACACGUCAAGAUUUAGAUACCCAAAAGAAUCCGCCAUAUUAUUUUGAUUCAAAAUACGAGGAAAGUGGCGAAGCAGUCCAAGAUCUCCGCAGAGCGAGGAAAAACAAAGAUUUUCUUCUGCGAAACAAUGAACAGAUCAACGUAGCUCUUACCGAGCAAGUGGAAGGUCUCGAAAGAGAAUAUACUUACAUGAAUACGAGGCAGGACAUGCAAGCCAAGGAUAUAAUCCUGAUCGAUGAGACUAUUGCUGAAGAUAACGUCCACAGUUACGACAUUCAUCAGGUCCAACAUUACGAAAACAUCUCACCUGGUCGACAGAUGCAGUCUCAACUUUGUUUGCCACAUCCUGGAAACGUUUCCUAUACGAGGGAACCGUUGUCCUGGAAGCAGCUUUGAAAUUAAGAUAUACAACUGGAUGUAACCGAUCAUUCUUACGUUUCGUCCAUCCCGUAUGUGUGUAUAUAUAUAUAUAUAUAUAUAUGCAAAGAGAUUCCGAAAAGGUUAAGUGACCCUACGAAGGAUUUAAGAAUGUUCGUAAUCGUCGCCGAGGGAUUCGAAUUUCGCGGCUCGGCGCCCGGUCGGUACCAGCCACGGGUGGCUCCCUUCGGUGGCGAGCGAACGAAGCUUCGGGAGCGCCACCCCGCGAGCGGCCGCAAGGAUCGCUCGCGCUCGUCCUGGCAGGAGUGUCGGAUGCGCGAGUUCAAAAUUGGCGCAGACUCCGUCGAAAAGGAGGUGGGCGGCCGAGCGAUCGAAAGCCUGGCUCUCCCCAGUUGUAGCGCCGACUCGGCACGAAGUUGCGUAGUUUAAAGGCACACACUGUAUAAUAUAGACGCACGUUUCCAUUAAAAAAGAAUACCUAACUAGAGUUUGUAGGAAGUUUAAGAUACGGUAACCGCGAGUCAAUCCACACACACAUACACAGAACCCGAGAAUAAUGUCACGCCAGCGAGCUGCAUGGAGAGAGAUCGUAUUCAUAUAUAUUUUUCAAUUAUUUUCAUGUAAGUCCGACGACGGGGAGGCUCUCGGGGGUACGUGCCGCAUGGAGACCGGUAAUUCGCCCUGAAUUUCGAGGAUGCCGGCAAACGCGGAAAACGUCCUUGCCGAAAAAAAAAAACCCUCCGCCUGUCCGCGGAGAGCAACAGAAGGAUGGCAACACGUAGCCUCAGCCGAGUGUCAGGAAACGUUCACAAGUGGUUGCCAAUAAUUGACCGUCGACCAAAAUCAAUCAAUGCCUUCUAACUGAAUGGGUGUUUUCGAGCUGCGGCUGCGGCGAUUCAAUGGGAAGAUUUUCAUCCGUUUUCGGGCUCCAAAUCCAACCCGGUGGCCCGUACCCCCGAUAGCCGUGACCUCGUAUUGUUGCUCCUCGGAACGGUCAGGGCCGGUGAGCAUCGCGCCGCGAUUCAAUAUUUCAUUGACGUCAUCGCCUAGCUCGUACUAUCCUGGUGCUCUCUUUGAGGUUCCGUGCUAUUUUUAUUUAUCCGCCGACCUGGGCGUACUUGCUCUUUAUUUUUCAUUUUUCUAGAUUAUCUGGAGUUUUUUAUUUUUAUUUUUUUUUCAUUAACUUUGUAGAGGUUAUUUUCGUUUUCAAACGUCCCUGAAGAAUUUUCUUCUGUUUUUCUUCGUUUUUAUUCGCUCCUCUUCCAUUUAUUUAAUUUGAUGUGUACUCUUCAGGGAUCCCGGCUCUCUGUUUUGGAGAUAAACUGGGUUGCAAUUUGAUUUUCCCUUUUUAUCUGUUUUUCCAUUUUUCUGCUUGGUUGCCCAGAAGGUUUUCAGUCAUGAUCUUCUUAAUUAAAUGGUCCAUAGGUUUGAUAGUCAUUUUGGAUUUACUGAAUUAUUAUCGAUACGGAUCAUGGCGCAGAUAUUAAUAAAACGUUUUAAUGGAUAUUGGAGUUUCUCUGGGGUUUCCGAAAUGUCGGUGCACGUUUCUGUGUUAAUGGACCUGCUAGAUGAAUUUCUCUCGUGCUGAUCCAAUUAGAGGCUGUUAGAUUCUAGCUCCGUUUUGGAAACUGAUAUAGAAAGGACUGCUUUCUUGAAGCUCGGUGCGUUCUUGAUAUCUGGAGCAGUGCAUAUAUACCGAUUGACACAGUAAGACCUAGUCGAGACAGGACGGUAAUUUAUUGAUUUAGACGAAACUCACUCAAAUGUACAUGCUCAACUUAUGCACCCAACAUUCCCCCGAUAUUUCCUCGUUUCGUUCCAUUCAUGCUCGUGUUUCCCGAGCUCUAUCUCUAAACCAACAGUCUUGUACACAUAAACGCAAAUAUUUGAUUCUCUGAA